AUGUCGGGACGCUCACGAGCCGCGGCUCCUCCGGCCGGUGACGUCACGCCCCCCUCCUCCCCCCACCAGGUCAGCUCCGAGUCACGGCAGCCAUCCACCGCGGCCGCCAGCUCCAGUGCUCCCUGCUCCGUCAUGGCUGCCACCCGCCUCGUGCUGCUCGCCGCGCUGCUCGCUCUGCACCUCGCCGCCGUGCACCAGGCUCUCGCCGCACCCCAGGGACCGCUGCGCGUGCGCAGGCAACUAGCGGACGACAACACUCUGCAGCCCCUCGAUGAUGAUUCCGGAGACGAACAGGCUCGAGAGAAGCGCAAACUCGAGGGUAUCACGCAGGCCAAGUUCGGCAUCAAGAACGCUGUGCUCGGCUUCGUGUUCGGAAAAAUCAACUCUAUAAUCGAUUCAAAGACACGUCUGGUGGAGACCCUGGAUCGUCAAAACAUCGAGUUGAAUAAGCAGUACGGCAUCGAGGCUCCUAAGGGAGGCGGCCUGAGUUCCCUGAGCGGGAUCGUGGGCCAGGUGAUCGGGCCCAAGCUGCAGCUGCUGGGCCCCAAGAUCCAGGCGGUGUCGAGUCUGUUCGGCGCGUCCUCCGGGAACAGCGGUGGGUCAGGUGGCGGCUCCGGGCUGGGCUCCAUCCUCUCGCUCGUCACCUCCCUGUCGGGGUCGUCGUCGGGCGGCGCGGCGGCCGGCGGCACCGUGGAGACCGUCGACUCCGAUGAGGAUGACUCGUGA